UCGGGCUUUCGAAAGACAACGCAUCGUCGGCGGCGUUUCGUGCGUUUAUUUACCUUUUUUUGCGCCCAACUCUCCGUGUUUUGUUUUCUUUUCCUUUUUUUCCGAACGGCGUGCCUGUUGCCUUUUAUUUACACUGAGAAAAAAGAGAGUGCCCACGAUGCGGGCGGAGCGACGGGAUUUAAUUGCAAAUCGCAUUUUAUCCUUGGCUGAUUGGGGUUUCCUUUUCGCAGUCGUUGUUGUUGUUGUGGUGUGUGCAGCAAAUAAAACUCGUUUCACGCGAUAGAGUUUAUGUGUGUGUGUGUUUGUUUGUUUGCUUGCGCGGCUUUUUUUAUUAUUGUUUUGUUAUUAUUGAAUGCAAAUUUGACAAAAACUGUGAAUAUUUCAAGGAAUUAAACAACAAACAGCAACAGUUGACACAGGAAGUUGUAAGAUGUCCUUGACGAAAAAGGAUCCGUCGCUGAGAGUCGCCGCCUCGGAUCCGCAUCUCGUCUCUCUGGGCGGCGGACGACUGAGCACCGCCGUCACCCUGCACUACAUACACAUAGGUGACACUACGAUUGGAUCGGCAGCCAGUUGCAGCAUUUCGUUGAAUGGAAGCGGAGUUCGUCCGUUGCACUGCACAAUCUACAGGAGCGACGCCAACGAGGUGACUUUGGUGCCGGAACAGGACUCCCGCCUGCUGAUCGACGGGGCUCCGAUUGUGGAGGAGACCAAGCUCAGCCAGGGGGCGAUGAUCACCAUUGGCAACUCGAACUACCUGAGGUUCAACAAUCCGGACGAGGCGCAGAUGAUGCGAUCGGCGAUGGGCUCCAACGAGAGGAUCUCGAUGCCGCAGAUCGAUUUUACGCAGUCGGCGCGGCAGGCCCAUGAACUGAGUCAAUCCCUGGAGCUGGAGUCCUUCUACGAGAGCAUCAUCAAUCCGAUGAACAAUCAACAAACCUCCGUCACCUACGAACUGGAGUGUCCCAAGGUGUUCUCCUCCGAUCUGGUCACCGUAAAUAUGCCGGCCAAGGAUGUGUUGGGCCAGAAGUAUGCCAGUUUUGCCCGCAAUCUGGCCGAGAAUCACCGCCAUGAGAAGCAGCUGAACAAUCAGUUUGCCAAGGGCGUGGGCAGCAACAGUGGCUACUGGAAUGUGCCCAGCAAUGCGGCUAUCUACAAGGAGCACCAUCAUCAUCAUCAUCAGCAGCAGCAACAGCAGCAGGCUCCACCGGAUCUGCUGACCAAAGUCAACAAUGAUCGCUACGAUCGUUAUCCCAAAGCGGGUGGCCUGCAGAUCUACUCCAUGAAUGGUGUGAAUAGCGAUAUCAACAAUGGUUUAAUUUCUAAUGGAGGAGGAGGAGGAGCUGAACUGGAGGACAUGCUAAAGAUAUGCACGGAGUAUGCGGACAGGAACAAUACCAUGGCGCCCAACCACAAUACAUCGAGCACCUCCAGCAUCACCUCCUCGCCCAUUGUCCAGAAUCGCAUUAAAACCAAUGGUUCGUUGCCGCGGGACAAGAACAAGUCACCAUUUCCACAGCAGACAGGAGGCGGAGGAGCAGGAGCAGGCAACUCGGCCAAUAUUUCGCUUGUGAGCAGCUCAUCGGGCUAUGAGAAUGUGCGCUUGCUGGGACCCAAUCGCGUGGAGAUCAAUGGGCAAAUCCAUGUGCCGGGAGGAGGAGGAGGAGGGCCAUCCAGUGGAGUACCUCCAACGGCAGCGGUGAGGGCCAGCCAUGAGAAUCUUAACCAAAAUAAUGCGGCCACUACAGGCGGCAAAUAUGUGCCGCAAAGUCCCAGGACCAAGAUACGCACCAACUGCAUGUCGCCCAAAAAGGACGUGUCCUUUGGCAAUGCCUUUGCCCUGGCCAUUAGUCCGCCACCGGCAGUCCAGGCCGCAUCCAUACCCAUUCCCAUUCCCAUGGCCAGCCUGGUGAAACCACCGUUGGCACCCAAGCCACCGGCUCCAAAUCAACAGCGCGACUACGAUCAGCUAUUCAAAUCCUUCGAGCGGAAGCAGCAGCAAUUGGAUCGCCUAGUGCCCGCCAAGCGAUCCAACAAGAACAUCAACAAUCUCACCCUCAAUCUGCAGUCCACGGAGUCGCAGACGCAGUCCCCCAAAUUGAGCCGCAAACCAGCUCCGGCCCCGAGGAGCAUCCAUCUGGAGCAGCGCCAGCGACGGGAUCUCAUCCAGCGGCGCAAGCAGCUCAAGCGGGAACUGGCCGAACUGCCGCCCUCAGCGGGAAUCGAGGGACUGGAGCUGGAACUGGGUGAGCAGCCCUUGGCCGCCAGUGCCUCACCGCGAUUGCAACUGCAGGCGCUGCAGAAUCGAGUUCGUCGCUUGGAGGCCCAAAGGAAUGCCACUCGCGUCAUGGAGGAGAAUCAGCAGGCCAAACUGAAGCAGUCCAUUGAAAUGAAGCAGGAUCAGCUGAAGAAACUGCGAGCCAUGUUGAAGCAGAAACCAAACAAUGCCUGUCUGAAGGAGGAGCUGCAGCUGGUGUGCGAAUCCCUUGAGAGCGAUAGGAAGACUUUCGAGGACCUGGAGUUCCAGUACUUCGAGGAGGAGUCCGAGCAUCAUGCCAGUCACGAGGAGUUCAAGCGGCACGAGCAGCGUCUGGCCUUGGAGGCCGAAUUGGCCGCUCUGCGCAUUCAAAUCGGAUCGGAUGAGCCCGAGGAGCCCACGUCGCCCAAGUCGCCCAAGUCGCCCAAGUCACCCAAGUCGCCCAGUUCGCACAGUUCGCCAUUGGACUCCAGUGGAAGCAAUCUGGUCAACGGGCUGAUGUCCCAAUCGCUCUUUGGCUCCGCCGAACUGCUCUGUCCGAAGCGACGCAACCAACAGGAGGAUUUGAUGUCCAAGAGCGUGAACGAGAACAUGUUCUAUAACCAUAAGAUCGAGGCCAACACCAGUACGCCAAAGCGUCUGCCGCUCCAGCUGUUCGAGGAUCUGGGCGGCGGCAGCUGCGAGCAGAUCAGCUUCAAUCUAUCGCUGCAGGGCGAUCGCUUCGAGGUGAAUCCGCUGGAGCGGCGGGUGCCCUCGCAGGACGACAUCGAUCGCAGCUGCAAGGUGGCCAACGAUGCGCCCAUUUCCACCAGCCAGGGCGCCAGCACCAAGAUCUUCGACAGCAUCAAGGAGAUCGAGCGGAAUCGCAAGCUUCUGCUCGCCCAGCAGGGUCAUCAGGUUAUCGAGCACGAGCGCCAGAAGAUGUACGAUCUGAAAAAGAAGAGCCACGACGAGGCCCGCACCCAGUACUUGCUCUCCACCCAGCAAUCGAUGGAGCAGCAGCAGCAACAGCUGUUGGAAUCAGAUGCCAACGGCGGCAAAGAUGCGAAAUUAUUUGAGAAGACCGAGAUGCAAAAGCUCAAUAAACCAGGUGACACAGUGGAUGAACAGAUGCAAAAGACCAGUGGCGAUAAGGAGAAUAAUGUACAGAACAGAAAGUCAACUGGCAGCAGUCCUACAACAACAACAACAACUGGAACGACACCUCAACAGCAACGCCAUUCGCAACCGGAACUGGAGCACCAUGCCAUUGCCCUGGGAAUCGGAGGCGGCUUCAGCGGAGGAGGAGGUGGCAGCCAACUGGUGGUGGCCCGCAGUCCACGCCCACUUUCCGAGGCCAACAACUGCGAUGCGGCACUGGAGGCGCCCAAGUUUGGCAACGGCAUGGACUGCUCGACAUCGGAAAGCAAGCGGGUCAGCAGCAACUCACAGGAUACCGCUUCGGCGGGCAGCGGGAGCGGCAACAGCGGAAGUGGGGGCAGCACCGCCAGCGAACGGAAGCGCAUCCUGCCAAAGCACCAGCGUCCGCUCACCCGCUACCUGCCCAUCUUCUCGCCGGACCUGAAUCUGCGGCACCACAUCGAAACCGCCGGCCACCAGAUCGAUCUGUGUCCGCAUGUCUUUGUGGAUGCACACAGUUGUCGCGGUUACCUGCACAAGUUGGGUGCCACGUUUCACGCGUGGUCGAGGCGCUGGUUUGUCCUGGAUCGCCAGAGGAGCGCCUUGAUCUACUACUCGGACAAGUCGGAGAGGAAGCCAAGGGGAGGCGCCUACUUUGCAACCAUCGACGAGGUCUACCUGGAUCACUUGAACGCCUCGAAGAGCGGCCGGCCGCAUUGCACUUUCAUUGUGAAGACGAAGAAGCGAAGCUACAAUUUGCAGGCCGCAUCCGAUUCGGCGGCUCGCAUUUGGAUCGAUGCCAUCAUCACCGGAGCCCAGGGCAACCUGGACUACUAGAGGAUGUCGCCGCCGAGGGGCAGCCCCAACAACACUUCUGCCCAGUGCACAGUCUCAUUCUCCAGAAUUAGAUGGGAUAGAUUUCUAUUUUUUAAGCCCAACUUACUAUAACCAUAAUGAGGAGCACUAGCCAUGUAGGACCAGACCAGAAAACAAAUUGCUCAAAUGCAAAUGGAGAACCUAUUACUUUCUUAUUUUUUGGCGAACUAACGAAAUCCGAGAUUUCAGUACUGGACCAAAGUCAAGAACGUAUUUUUAUAGACCUAUUUUAUAUUAUGUAUGUACAUUUUACUUUGUCAUAUUCUGGUUAAGAACUAUUUUUCUAUCGCUAGACUUAGAAUUGAAUGUAAAUCAAGGACAGCCCCAUGCUACUAACACCGCCAUUUCAAACCGUAAUCAUAUGGAUACCCCUGUAGAGCAGUGACCAAUAAUGGCAGUGCCCCCAAAUUACUUAAUUUUUUAAUUUUAAUAAUUUUUUUUUGUCAUCUAUUACAAUUUUAUAGAUCUAUAUACUAAGAAGGAAAUUAGGGGCCUGCUUGAAUUGGCCACAAAUCUAUAUGAUCGCAUAUAUAUAUCAUAAACCCUAGACUGUAACUAUAUUACAUAUACGAAUUGUAUAACGAUUUAAAUGUAACAACCAAAAUGACUCCUGAACACUUGAAGUUUCAUCGUGAAUUUACCUAUUAACUUUACUAUAGUAUUUGCCUAACUAUUGUAUUUUAUAGAAAUAUACCAUAUAUUUUGAUAAAUGUAUAAUCGGAUCGAUAGAUACUAUGCCUAAGACGAAAACUGAACUUUGAACGAUUUGCUCAGGCAGGCUGGAAAGGAUAAUCAAAAUGCAAAACUGUAACUGAGGAAUAUGAAACUAAUUUUAAACAAUAACUAUACAUACAUAUGUGUAACAAUACAAGCUAGUUAAUAAAAAUCAUUGUUUUUUUUAGAUAAA